AUGCAGCCUGGUGUGCUUUUGAGCCGCUGCCUAAUCCGACGACCCGUCCCUGGGCGCGUCCCUGCGCGACCAAAUCUGCUCAAGGGCCGCUGCUUCUCAGAAGGCAGCGAUGUGGCCGAAGUUUUUCAGCAGCUGCGGGCGCUCACGCCCCCAUGCGAUGGCCAGCAGCUGGCAAGGCUUGCGGCCUCAGCGGCCGAUGCCGCGCGGCGCGGCGCGCUGACCUCCAAGCAAGCUGCGCUCCUGGCGUAUCGCCUGGAGGGCGUGGGGUGGUUCUCCGCCGAGGUGUGUGAAGCGCUCGGGGGCGGUGCGCGAGCCGGGCGCUUCGUGGAGGACCUCGCAGCGUCCGAGUGGCUGGUGAUCCUACGAUACUUCGCCUCAGCGGGCUUCACACACCCGGACUUCUCGGCGGCUGCCGCCCAAUGGCUCAGUGAGGGCGGAUCUGGGAAGCUUCAGCUUCCGCAGCUCCAGGAGCUCGUCGCAACGCUGGCAUACACAGGGCACCUGAUGGGAAAGCCCGCAGAGGCCGUGGUCCAAGCACUGACACACUUGCCUCCGGAGAUGGAUGCUGGGAAUCUCGUGAAGCUCACAGCCUGCCUAGCUGCAGCUGAUGCGGGGCAGCCAGAUUUCUACCAAAGCGUUGUGGCGUCCGUGUCCAAGCUCAAGACGGGCUCCACGAGCUGGGCGCCUGUGGUAGAAGAGCUCGACAGCAGUGACUUCUGGAGACUCUCCAUCUUCUUCCUGCUUGCGAAGGCCGACCUCACUCGCUGGCCCUUAGUCCUGAACAUCCUCCGCAAGCUGGACCCGCGCGUGGCGCGCAUGGGCUUGCCAGGCUCCCUGGUGCCGCGCCUGGCCAGGCAGCUCCGCCUCGCCGCCUUGGAGAAUGAGGCGAUCCUCUUGGAAGCUCGGCCGCUGGCUUGCGAGUUGGGUCGGGCGACGCGCGGCCUGGCGGACGCGGGCCUUUCUGUAUGGAGCCCGGAGGCUGUCGCCGACGUUGCCACCGGCUUGGGCUUCCUCGGAGUCCUGGACGAGCAGCUUGCGGAGGAGAUGUGGAAGCAACUGAUCGCGGAUGCUUCUGCCCCACAUGGCCAUGCGGAGGCGAGUGCUGAACACGUGCUGUCUUCGAGGAGUCUGCUGCAAGUGGGGUGGGCAGCCUGUGUCGCCAGAUGCCUCGAGCCUCAUGCCAGUGUGCUACCAGAUCUGCCAGGCUUCAGCGAGCUGCUCGCAAGAUCGCAGCGCCAUUCGGCCGACACUGCAGAUAGGUUCGCCACGCAACAGGCGCGGCAAGUGUCGCUGUGCAUCGCAGCUGCCGCCAAAGCCAAGCUUCCACAGGAAGCUGCUUCCUGGCGGCUGGCUUCCGGCCGCGCGUUUUUCACGCCACACCGGAAAAGCGACCAAGUUCGCAUUGGCAAAGCCUUCGUGGCACGCUUGCGGGAGCUUGGAGCCUUCUGCCGGGAGAUGCAGGGCUGGAAAGCGGUGGCAGCCGGCUUCAGCCAGCUUGGCGGAGAGGCCCGGCCAUCGGCUGGAAGUCCGAGCAGAGGAGGGAGGAGAUCAAAGAAGCGCCAGGAGCCCAAGAGCUCCGAGACGCUGGUGGCAGCCAGGGACACCUUUGUCGUGGUCUACACUCCUCAGCGCGACGGAGUUCGUGACCCCGACCACAAAAAGGCGUUGCGAGUGACAGUGUGGGCAAAGCACCCGCUGCUCUUGGCCGCCAGGGAGGAAGGUGCCUUGGGUACCUCGACGGAGGGCUGCUGCCUCAACGGAUUUGAGGCGGUGGAGUGGAUGCUGUCAGGGCCAACGCGCCGAGCGCAAGGCGGAGAUGAGCAACUGGAGCACCGGCUCCUGCUCCUCAGGAGUGAUUCGACGCAGCGGGACAUCUGCGCAGCUGCAGAGCGCUUUGCUGAUGCACUUGGGACUCGUCAGGGAGCUGCCUGCCCAGGAGCGCCUGAGAAGCUGCUGGGCUGGCAGAACUGCGAAGACUAUGUAGAGGAGCUCAUGCGCUUGUGCCGCGAGAUUACGCACGAGUGCAGCGGACUGCAGUUCCCCAAAGAUGCGCAGGAGGCGCUUCGAAAGGGCUGGCUGCACUUCGUUCGCCUCAUCUGCCUUCGCGACUACGACUGGGAGAACGUGAUCAAGUCUCUGUCCGAGCUCCCGGAAAGUGCGGAGGGGUUCCCCCAAACAGUCACAAAAAUGGUGCGAAAGGCCAUCCAGGACAAGCUCUUAGUCCCUCUGCAACUGUGGGCCUUCCUGCUCAGAGCUCCCCAGGGAGCCAGUCCGGCAAGCCCUGCAAGGCUCGGUGGAGACUUGCCAAGCUCGGAACCCACUUCCACGCGGCUGAAACUGGGCGGAUACGCUUGCCAGCUAAGUCGAAUUCAACAUCUCGGGGGUCAGCUGAAGCAAAAGCUGGAGCACAUCCGGCAGCUUUCGAAUCGGCUCACUCCCUGCAAUCUGACGAGUUGCAGCGGCCGUUUCAAGCCAGCGGCAAACAAGCUGCUGUCGGCACUUGCUUGCACAGGCUUGCUGCAAACACGGCCGAACUGUGGAGCUGGGCUCUGCAAUGCCUGCCAGCUAAUGGCCGUCAUCACAGACCCCAUCUUGGAGGAGAAGGCCCAGGUAAAGACCGAGCAGGUGCAGCAGAUCAUUCGCAGCGUGGAGAGAGCAUGCGAGCACAACUCAGAUGAGGAUCGGAGAUGGUUGCUGGAGCUGAUUCAGCCCAGCAAUCCGUGUUUCGCGACGUUGGUGAGACUGAUCUGCCAGCCGAAGUACAAGGUGUUCUUCGCUCUCCGGGCAGUCUGCCUCCGCGCUGUCCAGAUGCUGUUGCAGAUCGCAAAGACGAUGUUCACAGAUGCUGCCAACGAUCCCGAUCUGGGCUGGAAGAACUUCGUGGAGCUCGCGGGUGUGGAGCUCGCGAGAGAGGCGUAUCCAGAGUUGGUGCACCUGGCGCAGCAGCAGGUAGAGCCGGUUGUGGCCAGCAACGCCACGCACCUCCUCUCCGAGCUUGGCCCGUCGGCCCUGAAAGUGGACCACGUGCCUCUACUGCUCGAGCUGCUGCAGGCUCUGCCGGAUAGAGCCGGCGACAUCUCACAGGUGGCACUUCGGGUGCAUGCCUGGGGUGGUGAGUACCGGCCGACGCUGUGCGAUGCGAUCGCCUGA